AUAAAAAAUGAAGUGAUGACGCGGACUAAACGAGACGUAGAACAGCAACACAUCGCGGAGUGAACCCCAAAGUUGGGUGCGAGGUUGACGUGACAGAAAAAUUGACCUUCGAGGACAUGAAAGAAAUUGCGGAGAUCGAUGAACGGACAUUUAAAAAUAAUUACGAUAUCAAGAUCAGUGAGAACUGAACCAACAAGAUCUUGUUCAAAUCAAUCCGACUUGUUGCUAGACUUCUCGGCAAUCGAAUCAACUCCUGAUUGAUCGUUUACUGUGCAUUUACUUUAAAAACUCGUUCAUCAAACUCGUCGGCGACCAAAAGUCGAUCGUAAAGGCUAUGGAUCAUCUUCAGAACCAUUCAAUAGUUACAUUUGUGGUGCCGUCGACGUGAUGAUUACCUUAACCUGAGCCGGUACCGAUCGAUGGCUCGUGAUAAAUUUGUUAUUACAAUUGAUUAAUCAAUUGCUUAUUAAGUAAUAUUUUUCGGUCUCCGUCGCUACUACGGCACACGAAUGAUACAAUAUGUCAUCAUUUCUUAGCAUACAGGAAUUCGGAAGUAAACAUCACGCGAAUUGGGAAGUAAACACAGAACUUUACACGUAUUUACAAAUUUGGAAUUAGCAACUGGAAAAAAAAUUUUUGCAGAUUUGAUUGCAAAAUAUAUCAAAAAGACCGCCGGCAUGUUUCGAGACGGUCAAAAAAUUGUCGUGGAGGACGGGCUGGCCCCGUCGGCGUCGUAUGUCAUAAACAUUCGAAUGGAAGAUCUGCUGGAGAAAUUGAAGCUGUUGAAUUACGAUGCGGAAUUCGUACAAGAGCUAAAAAUGAAACCGAUCAAUAGGCAUCACUUCGUAAUUCCGACGAAUCCCGGUGAACAAUUUUACAUGUUUACUUGCCUGGCCGUAUGGCUGAUUAGAAAAGCGGGGAAAAGCGUUCAGAUUCCGCAAGAGUCAGACGAUCCCAAUUCCACGAUAGCCUUGAUAUUGGAUUAUCUCAGAGAGAUCGACAUACCCGUGGAGUUUCCACCCAACAAGCUUAAGCAGGGCAGCGGGGAACAUGCGGUUUACGUUUUGGAUAAUUUGGCCGAUCACGUUUUAAAGGUGGAAAAAUUCAAAUGGAAGAGAAUAAGUAUUCCACCCGAUGAGCCUACCCCGGAACCGGAUAUCGAAGAUGACGACGCGGAGUUGAUCUUGGAGAAAGUAGAAGAGGAAAUGAUGGCCGAGUAUGAGGACGAUGAUCAAGAUAUCUUACACAUAGACGACAUUACGAAGCUUUAUGGACAAAAUAUUAACGAGACGCAAAAACUGGACAACUAUUUAGAAUCGACGACUAAUAGGGAAGAGUGGCAAUUAGAAUUGGAAAAAGUUCUACCUCGUUUGAAAGUAACUGUUAAGACAGAUUCAAGAGAUUGGCGGGCGCAUAUCGACCAGAUGAAACAAUUGCGUACGAAUAUCGCGACCAAUCUGAGCGGGACGAAGACUCACUUGAACAAAAUUUACACCGAUAUCAGCAACACUUUGGACAAGAUCAAAACUAGAGAAACUUAUCUUAAUCGGCAACUCGAUCCGUCUUUAACAGAGUACCGCUCAUUGCAAGAAGAACUAUCGAAAGUCAAGGAACAAUACAGAGACGUUAGUGGUGGUGUUACCGAACGAACGAGGGUUCUGAACAAGUUAAUGGAAGAGUUGGAACACGUGAAGAGAGAAAUGGAUGAGAGAGGCUCCAGCAUGACUGACGGAACGCCGCUUAUCAACAUAAAGAAAACGAUCACGAGGAUGAAAAACGAGAUUUCCGAGAUGAACAUUCGAAUUGGCGUGCUGGAGUACAGCUUAAUGUGUGCGAGAGUGCGGGAUCGUACGCAGCUACGAGAGGAUAUGAAUAGCACGAGUACCUCAGUAAUGAUUUAACCCGCACGCCACGUGUGCAAAUCUUUAUCUUAUAUUCACAUACUUCAAUCCGUCCAACGUGUGAUAGUCACGCUACGAAGUUUAGACUUGAGUAUGAAUAUUGUCAACACACGGGUCCAAUUAUUCUGCCUCUAACGAAGUUGCGACAACAUGUAACUACGUAGAACUGAAAGUGUCGUAUCGAUCGCAGUAAUAGGUGCACGAAUUUUUUAUUACACACUUUAUACGUUUUUAUACUAGCUCGCAAUCAACCGACACCGUCACCGAGUUUCAAUUACGUUGAAUAAAGUGUGCGUUCUCUA